ACGAAAUGGCGUCAUUCAUUGCGUCGCUUUGGUUUUUAGUCGGCCACGCCUGCAGAUUUUUCUGUAUUUCAUACGAUUUGUAGUCUAUUCGUGAAUAUUUCGAUGUAAUUUCUUCAAAUAUUGCAUUACAUAGUGGUGUAUUUUAUGUAAUGUCAUUUCAAUACGUCAUUUUUUGAAAACUGCUUAACUUUUUAAUUUUUUCUUUUUUUGACUUCUUUUUUUUAAUUAAAAAAAAACAAUCGCCCAUCUAUCCUUGGGUAGCGAAAAAUCGUGAUUUUGGAAGUGAAUUUUGUGUUAUUGUGGUGAUUAUACCAAUCUCACCAUGAGUACGGGAACACAAGUGCGGUUGGUGAACGUGGUUCCACUCAAAAUGGGCACCAAAAUUAAAGUGGAACCGCUAAGCGAGACAGAGGAGGUGGUCAGCUGUCGUAUUUGCAUGAAAGGCUUUGCAAGCGACAUGGCGCUGAGAAACCAUGUGCGAAUGGAGCAUAUUGAAGCCUUCGAGACGGGUGACCCUAACGUGUGGACGGCGCCCGUCGAAAAUUCCCCAGUGAAAAAGAAGAGACUGACAAAAAUCCCUCUCUCGGCGAAAAUCAAAGAAGACCCAGCAGAAAUCAAAAAGAAGACCGAACAGAUCUUCUCAUCGAUGACCCCUGGGAACCUCAUGAGCCUCGCUUCCAACGAUGUGAGCUACAUCAUCAUCAAGUCCGAAGAAACUGAUAGUCCUCCGGAGAAGAAGAAAAAAGUCAAAGUGGUGAAAGUGAAUCAGCAAACGAAGGAAACUGUGAGGAAGCAGAAAGAACCGCCGCAGCCUAUCACUGGCCCAUUCGAAUGCGUCCAACCCUCAAACACGGUGGCCGAAGGAGUCUGCCACCAGAUAUUCUUCUCGUGCUGCGAGUAUUCGGCCCACUUUCGGGACGAACACACUCGGCGUCGCAAGGGGCUUCGGUGUCAAGUAUGCGAGAAGCCGCUUCUACAGCAGCAUGAGGGCAGAGCACCCUAUACCUGUGAGGUGUGCGGAGCGGGUUUUUCUGCGAGUAAAGAACUGUCUGCGCACACGUCGGCCGCGCACGUCAAGCUCAAGCCCUUCCAGUGCUCCAUCUGCUUCAAGCGCUUUACGCAGCAGGGCGGCGUUCAACAACACAUGAGAAUGCAUACCGGCGACAGGCCUUUCAGUUGCACUUUCUGCCCUAAGUCCUUCACGCAGAAGUCUGGCCUCGACCAACAUAUCAGGAUACACACAAAGGUGCGUCCCUACCGCUGCGUCAUCUGCGGCAAGACGUUCUGCCAGUCAGUCCAUCUCAAACAACACAUGCGGACGCACACCAACGUGUCGCCAUUCCAGUGCGGCAUUUGCCAGAAGCGGUUCAAGCAGAGCAGCCAUCUGAACUACCAUCUGAGGAACCACAACCCUGCCAACAUGACCGACGACCAGAAGCAGAAGUACGAGGAACUAGUCGGAAUGAUGAGCAAGGAGAUCGUUCAAGUGGAGAUACAGUCCACGGAGACUGAAGAGACUGAGGAGACUAUGGAGACCGAGGAGACCAUGGAGACAACGGAGAUUUGCGAGGACAUGGAACAGGUAGUGGCCGCGCAAAACAUACAAAUGGUAGACGGGGAAUACAUUUUGGGCGACGACGUCGGGCAGACAUGGAGAGUGGAGAUGGCUGAAAACUAGUCCCAAUUCCAGACCGAGACUGCACUGUGCUUUGUGAGAAAAUUUGGGUAUCAUUAUAAAGGUCAUUAUGGGGGCUUAGUCAUCAAAAUGACAACCGGGAUGCAAAAUGUCCACUUCUCGAAAUUACUUCUUAAAAUAUCAACUUCGCUAAAAGACAACUUCUUAUAAUAAUAUUGUCUAUAUCGGAUAUUUCGAUUAUUUGUGGACAUUUUGCGUCCCGGUUGUCAUUUUGAUGACUAAGCCAUUAAGGGCCUAUUAAUACGAUGGUAGUCAGGCCAAGGGUAUUAUUAAUACGGUGGUAGUCACGCCCCUGGUUUUACUGCUUGGACGGCAAAACCAUCAAGUUAAUAUACCUAGCGGAAUAGAGCAACAAAGAACUGAGCGAGCGAGAUGUCACUAGCAGCAACACUGUAUGAUAA